UUCCCACUUUAGUCCAGUGUGUCUAUAUAGGCACUGGUUUCAUUUAGCUUGAUAAACAGGGACUAGUUCUGAAUGUCCAACCAGAUUGGAAGUGCGCUGAAUAUUUUUCAGAUUCCGAGUUGUUCUGUUCACAGCAUUCCUCAUCCUCGUCACACUAGUGUCAACUACCUGUGGUAGAGCUGUCUUUGAUUACCAACACGCACACCAGCCGUCCUCUGCAUGUGCUGUGUGCUGCUCCCUAAGGAAAAGCCCCUUACUGUCACAGGAAGUGACAAAUAGAGAGGUGAGGACCCUUGCCAACUGUCCAGGAAGUGACACCAGUGUACCUGCUGGUCUGGUGCCCUCCAUAGUCUCUGUGCAGAAGGGGGGAGGGGCUGUUAUCAGGGGCUGGGCUUUUGCCAGCUGUUAUCUAUGCCUUUGUGGCAUAUUCUGUCCUCCUGUCUUCCCUGGUCUCCCUCUCUCUCCCUUUGUUUUUGACAAGCUAUGUUUUGUUGCCUCCUUUUUUUUUUUUUAUAUGACAAAUUAGUGAAAUGAUAGUGUGUGGACUGUAGUUACCAACUAUUUUACCAAGAAGCCCAAGCAAAUGAAAUGAAUAUUUAACUUUUUUAACAUCUGAUAUAUUCACUGUAAGUAAAGGGUGAUGGAAGGUGUUUUUCACAUCCCGUCACUAACUGCAUAUCUCAGACUUCAAAUGAAUUCCUUUUAGAUUUAUUUGAAUUGGACCUUUUAGCAAGCCUUUGUCACCCCUAUAGUUUUUGUACUGUUGAACUAUAUUACUCCAAUAAAGUAAUUUCUAUUGUGAACUUUUUUCAUUGUGUCUUGUUUUACACACAGAAGAUCCAGAUAUCAUUAGUGCAUAUUUUUGUCACAUAAAGCAAACAUGCAUGCAUACAUAUUACAUAGGCCUACCUAAAGGUGUGCAAACAAUUUUAGCGUCAUACAUGUUUGCCUUUUCAAUUUCGCACAUGGAGUUUCAUGAAUGGGUUAAAUCCAGUAACCCAGUGACACUGGAGUGAUCAAUGUAGUGGACCGGUUGUGAUCUUUUUCACCAAUGGGACGGAAGUGUGUAGCCUAGGGUAGUGUGUCGUUGACAUGUGGCCACUGGGCAACGGGCCAUUAGCGCGGGCACCUCUCCUCAAAAGCGCACCCCAGCCAGUCAGUCCGACACAGCACCGAGAUCGGCAAUGAUGCGCUCUCGCGCUCUGUGCCUCUCGGUUGGGAUCUUGUGGUGCGUUUCUCGGGCUGUGUCAGAAUACUCAUCCAAGGCCGACCUGGAGUACGAAUUCGGUGACUACCGUGGCAAAUGGUGUAUUGAUGACCAUGGUUUCGUGUAUGGCAUCGGUGAGGUCUAUUAUCCAAGCCGUACUGCGUGCCCCUGCACCUGCACCGAGGACGGACCUAUUUGUAUCAGACCAAAAUGCCCGCGCAUCCACCCGCGCUGCACGCGCAUUAAGUACAAGUCCUGCUGCCCUGUGUGCGAAGCUGUGAGCAAGGUCUGCAUUUACGGGGGCAAAACGUACAGACCUCUAGAGGAGUUCAAGUUAUCUCCGUGUGAGCGAUGUCGCUGUGAGCCGAACAGAGAGGUGUACUGCACCAUAUCUGGAUGUCCGGCUCUGCACUGUGUAGACCCAACAUUUGAGCCCAACCACUGUUGCCCUGUAUGCAAAUAUGGAGCAAACUGCUUUGCAGGGAACCGUGUGAUCCCGGCUGGUGAGCGCGUUGACAUAGACGAGAGGACGGUGUGCUUCUGCACCUACCGGGAUGGCACGUGGCAGACCCACCCUCACGCCUCCUGCGAGACACGGCAAAACUCUGACAACGAGCUGGGUGGAACUGAAGCAUCCACGACACAGAUGGAGGAGGGCGAAAGGGAGAGCGAGGUUGAGAUAGAGUGGGAAGUGGAAAGGGAGAGGGAGAGAGACCGAGAACAAAAACGAGAGCGCUCACCUAGGUUGGACUUUAUUCCAUGAGGUGGGGGGGUCAUUGUGUUUUUCUGGCUCUGGCAAACUCAUGAGAGGAAGGUGGCCAGGUAGGCGACGUGCCGAGGGCGAUCACCUCCUGAGCGGGCAUGAUUGCCAGCGCUGACUUCUGCCAUGCUGCCCUCCCCUUUCCGGACCCACAUAUGUUGGCGAUUCACAUUAGACCAAUGAAACAGAGUGUUUCCAUCUGUAGUACACUAAAUGUGACACGUUAUAGUGUUGGAGAUCCAAUACACACACUCUCUCUCUCUUUCUCUCUCACACACACACACACACACACAAUGUUUGUUUUGCGAAUAUGUGAUUGAAGUAGUAUAGACACAGGCUGGAGACAUCAUAGAAGACGAAACACUACACAUAAAAUGCAUAAAGUGCACAACAGUUAUAUCUAUAAAGGGCUAAGAAUCAUUUCAAGUAAACAUGCAUAGGGCUAGAAGUGGUGUAUCAUAAUCAGCUUCCGUAUGUUCCAAAAUUUCCAAAACUCUAAAAGCUUUCAUUCAGACCUUCCUCACCUGUUACUCCACAUUCAUAUUGCUUAAAUGCGUAAAUGCUGUAAUUGCUUUAAAUACUUUGCCAUUAACAAGUAGCCUGGUAUAAUAAUUGUGUUUCCUUGAUACUUAACGCAAGAUAGAAAUUAACUAAGCAGUACCAGUGUUUAAGCUUGUACCAUAGUUCAGUAGGCUACUGUGUUUGGGUUUAUGUAAUUGUGUAAUUAUAAGUGUGUGUUUUUUGUGUGUGUGUUGUUUACUUGCGCAAAAAAAAAAUGUAUAUUUCAUUGGUGUUUUACCAUAUUCAAAAACGAUGCUGGUUUGUCAAGUUAACAGUGAUGAAUAAAAUUGGCUGAAUGAUUGAACCUUUGAUGUUUUCGUGC